AGGGUUUCGACCCCAAUUUUCUUAGAUAAACUAUGCCUAUGGAGAAUUGCUGAAGUCCUCAAAAGCUGCUACGCGUUGUUGGGGACCCAACUUAUAUCUGUAAAUGCCCAAGUAAUUAACGGUGUAAUUACACGACUAUCUUUGGCUUUGAGUAUAUAUAUCUUUGUUUUAAUGAACUUUAAUCUCUCUCUCGAUAUAUCAUCUUCGGUCAUAGAACUCAAUGGCGACACACGACUUCGAUUUCACUGAUCCCUAUGGAAAUAAAGAUAGAAAAAGUUUGUACUCAAACCAAGAUAACUAUUUCAAUAAUUGGUCUUCACUUACUCAAUCAGAGGAAGUUGUUGAGGAGCUUUCUAUUCAACAGACUAAAUACGACCAUCGGAGUCUGCCUUCUUUGAGAACUGCCGAAGCCGAGGCUGCUGAGUGGAAUGAGUUGGAGAGAUGGGGGAACCAAGAGUUGCAGCAUAAUGGCACUCGCAUUAGAGGAAUUAUAACUUACAAAUCAGGGAACUUGCCCGGUGUUUUGUCAUUCUCUGUAAUAGAGAUUCUCAUGAUGGUUGUGGCUUCGUUUGUUCCAAACUUCUUGACUGGUCUUUUCACUGGAGCUGGCCUUAUUGGAAUCAUCAUGACGUCUUCUGGAUUCUCCCGUCUUCUUCCUGAUCUUCCCAAAAUCUUUUGCCGUUUCUCGAUUUCCUACACGAUUUCUUACAUGAUUUUUGGAUCUUGGGCCAUCAAGCUAGGGCACAACAACAAUUUUCUCGGGCCUCUAUCACCGGACGAGCCGAAAAUGACAGGAGAAGAAAUGAAUAUGAAUGAAUUUGGAGUAAAGGUGACGCAUUCAGGAUGGUGGGGCUUCCCUGAGAUUGUGAUAGCAAUCCUUGUGUGUACCUGGCUUCUUUUCUUCGUGGCCCAAAAGCUGAAGGAGAGAGCACGACCAGCUUCAAGGGUGAUUCAGGCGAAAGUUUAUUUUAAUGUGCAGCUUUCAUAAUAUCAGCAUUAUCAUCUAUGAGAUCUGGUUAUCUAUUUAAGAUCAGCAUUGUCAUUGUUGGAAUAAGUUUUCUUUACCAAACUCUAAACCCAAAUGUUCCACUAUUGAAACUUUUUUUUGUUUUUCCUCCUGUUUUUUAGCAACAAAAUGUAGGGAUAUCUGUUUUUUUCUUGUGAUGACUGUGAAUAAAGAAGAAAAGAGAUUUGUACUCAAUCUUACUUUGAUUGAUACA